ACAAGUGCCCAUAAAUAGGGCACACUUCCCCUCAAGAAUACUACACAAAUUAACACCAUUGGUUCUGCCUUCUGACUUGCAGAACUUUUUGAGUCUUUCAAUUAGAGAAUCUUUUGCCCUAAAAGCAGUCUCCUCAUAGUGUCGACAUGGGUUCACUCCAAGAACACACUAUUUUGGUCCAGAAGGUGUGCGAGAUCUAUGACAAAAUUUCAAAGCUUGAAACCCUAAAACCAUCCAAAGAUGUCGACACUCUCUUCACACAGUUGGUCCUCACAUGCAUCCCACCCUCUUCCAUCAUAAUCUCCAAUCUUCCAAAUAAUAUUCAAGAAAUUAGGUCUAAACUCAUUAAACUUUGUGGUGAAGCUGAGGGCCAUUUAGAGGCUCACUUCUCAACCCUUUUAGCCUCUUACACAAACCCUCUUGACCAUCUUGAGGUCUUCCCUUACUACACAAAUUACCUCAAGCUUAGCCGUGCCGAAUAUGACAUCCUUAUUCGACACGGCUCGGCUCAGACAGGCCCCCCAAAGCGCAUUGCCUUCGUGGGGUCUGGUCCGUUACCUCUUACAUCGAUUGUAUUGGCUUCUUAUCAUCUAAAGGAAACAACUUUCCAUAACUAUGAUAUAAAUCCUUUGGCAAACACUAUGGCGUCGCGCCUAGUUACCACCGAUCCUGACUUGUCACAAAGGAUGAUAUUUCACACAAGUGAUAUAUUGGAUGUAACGGAUGAAUUGAAGGAGUAUGAUGUGGUGUUUAUGGCUGCACUUGUGGGGAUGGAUGUUGAAGAGAAGGUUAAAGUGGUGCAACAUUUGGAGAAGUACAUGGCUCCAAGCUCCAUCUUGAUGUUGAGGAGUGCUCAUGGUGCUCGGGCUUUUCUUUAUCCAGUGGUUGAUCCUCAAGAUCUUCAAGGGUUUGAAGUUCUUUCGGUUUUUCAUCCUGUUGAUGAUGUGAUUAAUUCGGUUGUGAUCGCGCGUAAGAAUAUUCCAAUCACAUCAAACAUUAACCAUCAUCAUCACCAUCAUGAUCAAUUGGAGAGUGGAUCUAUCAUGCCUUCAAGUUGCAAGUAUUGUGAGUUCCAAAUGUUUAACAAUCCACUUACCCAGAGGAGCAUGAUUGAGGAGUUGGGAAUUGAUGAUUAGAUGAUCAUGAAGAAAAAUUUGUACCACAUAUAUCAAGUACUCCCCUCUACCACCCCCCCCCCCCAACCCAAAAAAAAAAAAAAUUGAUAUCUAUAAAACUAUUUGGCUACUUGCUAAAAAAAACUUUCCUAUGAAUGUUUAAUUAACUCUAUGUGAUUUGAAGUAAAUUUGAUUUUCUGUUA